UUAAUAGAUAUCUAAACCAUGUCUUCUUCUACAGCAGGAAACAGGAUGAACAACAAUGUCCUCAUCCUUCUCUUCAUCUUCAACAUUGUUUCCGGCGAGGAUCGCACUCCAUCCUGCCGUCCUUCCUCCUGCGGAAACAUCGCGCGCAUAAGUUUCCCAUUCAGACUCAACACCGAUCCCAUUUCUUGCGGAUACAACGCCACCAAUUUCCAGCUUGAUUGUCGCAACAACCAGACUUUUCUCAAAAUUCCGAUGCUAAAUUCUACCAUGGACUUCCUCGUGCAUAGUAUCAAUUACAAAGAACAUUUGAUAAGGCUAGCCCAUUCCGGCACCAAUAGCCGAGACCUAUCCUCUUGCCCACCCCCCAAUGAUCCUUGGCAAGACAUCACUGAUUUUUAUGGAUACAAUUCAUUUGAUGAUUUGGGGAGAGAAGUGAACUCGAAAGUAGCUUUCAUUCAUUGUUUGUUACCUGUGAAUUCGGAAAGAUAUGUGAGAGCUCCUUUCUGUGGCAAUGGCCAUGGCAACAGAUUUGGUAAUUCUUCGAAAUUCUAUAGUUAUGUGAUGGUUGGAUUUCUACAAAUUUCGGAUUUAGAGGACUCUUGCACGGUGGAUACAUAUCGAUUGAUUUCUGCCCGCUCGCCAAAAAUCAAUAAAUCUUCUCUUAUCGAUAUUUAUGAGGGAUUUGCUUAUGGAUUUGAGCUUCGAUGGUUCAUUUAUGGAAAAUGUUGGAGGUACAGUCAUUUCACAUUGGCGCCUAAUGAUUUCGUGACGGAUCUAUGUUGCUCGGGCGACCCCUAUGAUUGUGAAUACACUUUGGGAAUUCCAAUGAAAAUUGCGCUCAAUAUUGCGUGGGCGAUUGGGGUGGUCUUAUCUAUAAGAGUUGCCAUUGGAUUUGUUAUUGGAUUUCCACUUCUGUUAUGGUUGGUGGUCCAUAAAUGGCGACGACGCCAUUUAUGUAUAGAUAAAAAUAUCGAGAAGUUUCUCCAAGAUCAACGCAAUUUUGCACCCAUAAAAUAUAGUUACUCAGAUGUCAAAAAAAUGACAAAUAAUUUUAACCAAAAAUUGGGUGAAGGAAGCUAUGGUAUUGUGUAUAAAGGAAAGCUUCAAAGUGGUCUUUUUGUGGCAGUAAAGAUGGUAAAUGAAUUCAUAUCUGGGGAUGAAGAAUUCAUAAAUGAAGUUGGCACAAUAGGUCGAAUCCACCAUGUCAAUGUAGUGCAACUCGUCGGGUUUUGUGUGGAACGGUCGAAGUAUGCUUUGGUAUAUGAGUUUCUUCCUAAUGGUUCCCUUGAUAGAUAUAUUUUCAACGAACAAAGUUUAGGGGUCCUUGCCUUAACAUUCAAAAAUGUAUUUGAAAUUGCGCUUGGAGUGGCACGUGGAAUCGACUAUCUACACCAUGGUUGUGAUAUGCAAAUCCUACAUUUCGACAUCAAGCCUCACAACAUACUACUCGAUGAGAAUUUCAAUCCUAAGAUAUCUGAUUUUGGUCUUGCAAGAUUGUGCCCCGCCAAUGAGAGCUUUAUAAAUCUAACGGAUGCAAGAGGAACAAUGGGAUACAUGGCACCCGAGAUGUUUUAUAGAAACAUGGGAGGAAUAUCGUACAAAGCAGACAUAUAUAGUUUUGGAAUGAUGUUAAUAGAAAUGGUAAGUAGAAGGAAAAUUAUGAAUCUCAAUGUCGAAGGCACAACUCAACUACAUUUCCCGUUAUGGAUUUAUGACCAACUAAGAGAUGGAAAGGAAAUAGAGAUGACGAAUACAACUGAAGAGGAGAGGAAAAUGAUGAAAAAGAUUAUGAUAAUAGCGUCAUGGUGUAUUCAAAUGAAACCAUCAGAUCGUCUUCCUAUGAACAAAGUAGUGAGGAUGUUUGAAAGUGAAUUUGAACCACGGAUGCCUCCGAAACCAUUUUUAGCUUCGCAUGAGAUAGGAGCGAACGAUCAUGGAGCUGAAACUUAUAUUGUAGAUUAUGUCAAGUUACAUGUGUGAAAGUUGAGCAUUAUGCAAAAAUCGACGGUAUUGUAACUCAAACUUAUAUUGUAGAUUACAUUAUGUUAAUUAGUUAGACAAAAAUCGAGCAUUGUGGUAGUAAUAUAUACUUAG